CGGGCCUUUCUUGCAAUAAUUUCUACGUGUAGAUUUGCUUGUCGCCGGUAAUCAAAGUGCGUGACGGACAUCGUUCUGGUGAUGUCACUCAGGAAGUUCGUAAUACAAAUUUAAAAACGAAAACUUCCGGAAAACAACUUAAAGGUUGUGUUUUUCUCGACCUCUGCCUUAACUUUUGAAAAUAAGUCUCUCGUACGCUUCUAUGGAAGAAACAGAGAACGGAACGUUGUCGGUGUAUAUUGGAAGGAAGUCUAGAAGAUAAAUAUUCUGUGUGGCUGAGCCAAACAAUUGAUAUAGACUUGUUGUCGUCUUUUAUUCCUGCUAGGAAUUACAAACCACGGUUCCGGUCACGAACUCCACACGACAAUGGCAGUGAUUUUGAGGGCAGGCGUGCCUCACUCUUGGUGUGUCUACGCGCACUGCGAUCAUCCAAUGAAAUGUCAGUGCCCAAGAGAGCGUGUAGGAGUAUACAUGAACAGGAAAUUGCAAAUUCAAAGUGUUGUGGUCAGUGCAUCUUUAAUUAGGAGGGAGAGGACGUGUAAUAGAAAUACGAAUCAACUAGUUGUGUUUUUCCGUCUGAAAACGAGUGGUUAUGUUUGAUUGCUCCACUACACCUUUGGUACUCGAAAAGAGGCAUGACAGAAAUUUGAUAGUGGCGUAAUAUUGCAGAAGGGCCUUGACAGCGAAGCGACUCGGAGUAGGACCUGGCGUUUAAAAAUCUAGCAGCUGGCGUUUAGAAAAUUUAGCACCUUGAGAAUGGCAACAAACGACUGCUGCGAGAUGAACAACACUUCAAAACCCUCUGUUGUGGACGAAGAAUAUCCCUUAUCGCUGGUUGUAGGAUAUGGAAUCUUGUAUGUUGCUUUCUUCACAUUCGCCUUCUUUGGAAACAUUAUGGCACUGUUAACAUGCUACAAGAAAUACCACACAUCUCAAUCGAUUCUUCUCUGUUACAUCUCGAGUCUUGCGCUCGCAGAUCUUUUGUUCGCCGUCCUCUCCAUUUUUGACACCGUCUACUUCUUUCUGGGUGAUUGGCCUGGUGGCAAUCCUGUGUGUAAAAUUCAGGGGACUCUGAUCGAGAUAUCGUACUCCGCAUCAAUAUUGACCCUAGUAGCAAUCAGUUAUGAAAGAUCGCGAUCUGUCACAUCGACAAGUCUGGCCAGAAAUCGCUGUGUUGAGCAGCGCACCAUAGUCAUAAAAAUACUAUGGAUUGUGUCGGUUGUUCUAUGCGCGCCUUUAUUCUACGGUUACGCAACGAAAGAAGAGAAAGGCGUGCAGCUCUGUUUGAACACUAACUGGGGUGACAGCGGGAGGCAAACCUACUACAUACUUCAAGCAGUUUUCAUCUUCAUUUGCCCUUUAAUUUUCAUGAUUUGGGCGCAUACGAGGAUUUUGCGCGUUCUGCGAACGCACGUUAAGAACACUUCAGGACUGGGAUCCGUCGAGUCAAAACAACACAAGGUAACAAAGAUGUUAGCUGUAGUAACCCUGGUCUUUUUUUGUUGUUGGUCUCCGUUUAUCAUCGUUCGCGCACUACGCUAUUUUUACGUCUACGAGGGGAACGAACUGUGGAAACUCACGCAACUGAUCAUAUUCGGAAAUUCGGCAGCCAAUCCAAUUUUGUACUGCUUCUACAGCGGACAGUUCCGACGAUCUUUCAAAGAGAUUAUCAGAUGUAAAUUCAAAAUUGAAGCUCGACGUAAAAGUCGCACUGGAAGUCACUCAACCUUCGCUUUGCACAAGAUCCGUCAUGACAACGUUAAAAGAACCGCUGCGAUAGAAGUGGCUCUCGAUUCAACACUGAACAGCUCCACUACGGAUUUUCUCUAGAAAUGGAAGAUCGCAUGUUUCUAUGCAAUUCUACUAGCCUCUGAAAACAAUUUUCCGCGCGUCUACUGAGAACAUGAAUAUUUUAAGAAUUCCCACUUGUAAACAACUCAUUGAAAGCGCAUUUUGACCGUCUGUAUCUCUCACCUGGUGGUUCGAGGACCUUCAUCGGAAAAACUGCACUUUGUUUCAAAAAUAAAAAAGAAUAUCAACAGGGGUCGAGGACCUCUUAUUGCGAGUUAUAUUGAAGUUUGGAUCUCAGAUCAAAACAUUGUUACCUACUUGGAUCAUGUCGUUUCAAUUGUUGAAUACUAAACAACCGGAUCUAGCAAUUAUAACGCAAUUUCCGUCCGAAAUUUUAUGACCAGGUAAAUUGUUUUUUGCUUAUGAUGAUAAUAAUACCGCCAAUUUCUUUCACAGCAUGUAAGCAGAUGAACUUUUCGCUAACAGGCGUUCAUUUAUGUUGCAGGAUAUUAUGUGAUAGAUCAGAUUGGUUUCUUUCUUGGAAGGCGUGUCAGUUGCGGCAUAAGAAAAUACAUAUUUCAGGUCAAUAUAAUUUUCUAGAAUAACAUCUGCUUCUUGGUAAUUUAAUCAACUCCACUGAAAUUUAAAUAUGAAUACCGUAAUUAGAUUUUGUUGGGUUUUUGGA